UCAGGGAAAUCCGCCAUGCGCCAUGGCGCCAUGGGGAGUUUGGUACUCACGCAUGAAAACAUCUGGGGCUGAUGAGGCCCCAUGAUGCUCAUGCGCCGCCACCUCCAUCUGGUCUGCCGCCACCACGCCCUCCUGGCCAUGGGCAGGAGCGGAACCGCUUUCCUUCGAAAGUGCGCUCUUUGAGCGAAGGUCCAGCUGAUGGACGGGCCUCUCGCGAACUUGGCGAAGAGGAGGAGGGCUCUUCAGCUAAACCUGGCGGCCACAACAUUCUAGUGGCCGUGCGCAGCCGUGCGCUGCUGCCACAAGAACGCUCAGCUGGAGGCCAUGCCAUCAUCACCAUUUGCAACGGCACCACAGUGAUUCUCGAAGAUCCGCACACUACAGCAGCAGAUGAUUAUCUUCGUCUGAACAAAUCAAAAGAACGUCGGUACCACUUUGAUCAAGCCUUGGAAGAAACUGCUCAGAAUUUAGAGGUCUAUGAGCGAACAACUCGCUUCUUGAUUCCGAGCGUCAUUCAGGGUUUCAAUGCGACAGUCUUCGCCUACGGAGCCACAAGUGCUGGCAAGACGCACACAAUGCUUGGAUACCCCGGCGAACCCGGGAUAAUGUUGCUGACCUUACGAGACCUAUUCAGCGAGGUUGCCAACCAAAAAAGCAGUCUUCAUUUUGAGAUCAAAUGUUCAUUCUUGGAAGUGUACAACGAAAACGUGAGAGAUCUGCUGCGACCCGACAGCGAUUUCUUGGACAUUCGUGAAGAUCCCGUGAAAGGUAUGUGUGUUGCAGGAAUCAGUGAAGUAGGCGGGCUGGAGAGUGCAGAGGAGAUUAUGGCUUUGCUGCAUCAGGGCAACAAGAAUAGAACCACAGAGGCUACAGGAGCCAACGUUACAAGCUCCAGAAGCCAUGCUGUUCUUCAGGUCAUGGUGCAUCAACGAGACCGGACUGCAGACAUCGUGGCCCAUGUGAAUUUGGGCAAGUUGUCCAUGAUUGAUUUGGCAGGCUCUGAGCGAGCCUCCCAGACCAACAACAAAGGUAUGCGAAUGAUUGAGGGAGCUAACAUCAAUCGAUCACUGCUCGCCCUGGGCAACUGCAUCACUGCUUUGAGCUCCGCAGUCGCUUUUGUACCCUACCGAGACUCCAAGAUGACAAGGUUGUUAAAGGAUUCGCUUGGUGGAAACUGCCGCACAGUGAUGAUUGCCAAUGUAAGUCCGUGCCAUAUCAACUACGAAGACACUCACAAUACUUUGAAAUAUGCCAACAGAGCCAAGAACAUCAAGACAAAGGCUGUGCGCAAUGUCGCACAAGUGAACUACCACGUGUCAAAGUACACGGAGAUCAUUAAGGACCUCAGGAGCGAGAUUCAAGAAUUGAAGGCCAAGCUGGCAGUGCCCGAGGCACCUCCUGACUUGGGAGAGGAAGAACUGGAUACCACGCAGAGUGUGAAAUGGAAGCACGAGCUGAUGCAGAACUUUGAGGAGAGGGUGCGAAUCAAGCGACGUCUCAUUGACUUGGCCCAUGAAACGAAGAACCAGAUGGUGCAGAAGAGCCAUGCGCAGGUUGGAAUUUCUCAGUGGGAGUCUGGUCGCCAGGCGCAGUUGGACGGAGACUUGGAUGGCCAGCGCACGCCGCCAAACAUCAGGGAACUGCAGGCGCAA